CGCCGGAUGUUUUGGGGAGGAGAGCCUCGCUGCCUUCUGUUUUCUCCUCUUCCUUUAUCUGCUCUCUGGACUUCAGGAGGAAUAUCUUAAUAAUGUCUGGAAGCUUCUACUUUGUAAUUGUGGGUCACCAUGAUAAUCCAGUGUUUGAAAUGGAAUUUCUACCAGCUGGUAAAGUAGAGUCUAAGGAUGACCACCGCCAUCUCAAUCAGUUCAUAGCUCAUGCUGCUCUUGACCUAGUAGAUGAGAACAUGUGGCUGUCUAAUAAUAUGUACCUGAAGACCGUGGACAAGUUUAAUGAAUGGUUUGUUUCUGCUUUUGUCACAGCAGGACAUAUGAGAUUUAUAAUGCUUCAUGAUGUAAGGCAAGAAGAUGGAAUCAAAAACUUCUUUAGUGAUGUCUAUGACUUGUAUAUAAAGUUUGCGAUGAAUCCAUUUUAUGAACAGAAUUCACAGAUUCGAUCAACUGCAUUUGACAGAAAAGUCCAGUUUCUUGGGAAAAAGCAUCUUUUAAGCUGAGUCACUAUAAGUCUGUUAGAACCUAAAUAGCCUGCUGUAUAUCAGACAUUUCUGAACC